AAUGCUCCCACAUAGAAUAGAACAAAGUUUCGAAGUUUGAAUGAAGAGAAGAGAGGAGAGGGUGUUUUGUAAUAUUUUAACACUACCAGUGGCGGUGGUUAAUGAUCAUGAGCUCUCUUUUUGAUGCAAGCGUGGGUAUAAAAUGCAGGACCUUGGCCAUUAAUCCGCUCUUUAAUUGACACUUCUUCCAAAUAGACAAAUACCCAUUUCUUUUUCUCUCACUCAAAGUAAUAAAACUCUCCUUUAUUUCUUUUUUUCUUUGGUUUUAUUGACUCUUUUGUGGCAGAGUUGCUCUGUUGUUGUUGUUGCUGGCAAACACACAGCUAGCUCGAAUUCAAUAAAAGCUUUAAUAUUUGUGUGCGUGGGAGUGUUUGAAAUUAAAAAAAAAAAAAAAGAAAAGGUCUUGAAUGAGAGAGCAGAGAGAAUACAAAAAAGUAAGCACAGAAUCUGAAAAUGGGUAUCUUUCUCUUCCUACUUUUUGUUGAGUUUCUCUCUCUUUCUGGGUUUUCUCUGCCAAAACUCUGACUGGGGUUUUGAAUGAGAACGGUGGCUUUAUUUAUUGUACUGAAAUCAAUGUUCUUUUUUUAGAUUAAUUGACUGUUUCUAGUAGACUUUUAAUUUUUUUACAGCUCUUCUUUGAACUUUCUUUUUCUGUUCUGUUCUGCUCUGUCUUUUUUGUCUUGAAGAAGGCUGUUUCCUUUGUGCAAUUUGGGGUACUUCCAAUUUUCAGUUGUUGCUUUGGAAAUGGUUCCUGUUUCAGCUUGUGGGGAUCUUUUCUACUUCAUUUCAGUUAUGUUUUUGGGGGUUCAUUAAUUGAAGUGGGGUUUUCUUUGAUACUUCUUCUGAGCAGUUUCUAUGGUUUUCUUUUGGGUUGGCUGAAUUUGAGCUUUUUAAGACUAUAACUUCCUUAUAUUUUAAGUUUUCAAACACCUUGUGGACUUAGCUUGAAGCUUGUUCAUAAAAUUAUUGUGUUUAAUAUAUGUCAAAGAAUUAGAUAAUUUUCACACGUGAUUUGUUUGUUGUUGUUCUUUUCUACCUUUCUCUUUUGUGGCCUUUGAUCUUUGGUUGAUCAUCUUAGAGAAAUUAAGGUUAUUUUUAGGUAGUGGUCAAAUUUUUGAGGCUUAGUUUCUGUUCAUCAGCCUGACUCUGAACUGUUGGCUGGGUGAUCAAACAUAAUUUUGGAGAAAGGCAUAGCUGAGUUACUUCUGCUAUUCUUGUUGAAGAGGGAUGGAUAUAGGUGAAAAGGAUAAAUACCAGGCACCUGGUAUGUCAUCAGAUUGGCAGUUCAUUGGUGCCAAUCUCACAAGUACUCCUAUGAGUUUAGUUCCUAGUGAUAAUCCCUUGGCUAUUGGUUCUUCAUGUGCCUCUGCUUCAGUGGUAGAUUCAUUUGCUUCUAACCUUUGGGAGCACCCCUCUAAUUCACAAAACUUGGGAUUUAGUGAAAUUAAGCUACAAAAUUGUGCAAGCUCUUCAAAUGUAACGGGAAUUGGAAAAGGUGGUCCUACCUCUCUGAGAAGUAGCAUUGAUAGACCAUUUGGUGCAGCAAGUUCAAUGAUGAAAGGGGGUAUCUUUUUACCGAAUGCAACUGGGAUUCUACCACAGAGCCUAUCUCAGUUGCCUGCUGAUUCAGCUUUCAUUGAGCGUGCUGCUAGGUUCUCGAGCUUUAAUGGGGGAAAUUUUAGUGAUAUGGUGAACCCUUUUGGUAUUCCUGAAUCCAUGGGUCUGUAUACUAGGGGUGUGGCCUUGAUGCAAGGACCACAAGACAUUUUUGCAAUCUGUGGGAUGAAAUCAGUAUCUGGUGUGGAAUCUCAGAAAACUAAGUCGAAUGCCACUGAAGCUUCUAGAGAAGCUUGUUUGCAAGUUGAAAAUAGGGCUACUCAGGAAAGCCCACUCAAGAAUGAAAGGAAAAGUGAAAGUCUUGUGCCAUCUAAUGAAGAAGCAAAACAAGGAACUGGUGGCUCUGGUAACGAAUCUGAUGAGACUGAGUUUAGUGGUGAUGCUGGUGGUCAAGAUGAGCCAUCUGCAUUGGAUGGUAUAGGUGGUGAACCUUCAGCUAAGGGUCUUAGUUCGAAGAAAAGAAAAAGGAGUGUACAGGGUGCUGAGCUUAAUCAAGCUAAGGAAGGCCAAUCACCUAUUGAGGCAGCAAAGGAUAGUGCUGAAAAUCAACAGAAGGGAGAUCAGAACCUAACUACAACAACCAAUAAGACUACAGGAAAACAGGGGAAACGAGGGUCUCAAGCUGCUGAUCCACCAAAAGAAGAAUACAUCCAUGUCAGAGCCCGAAGAGGGCAGGCAACAAACAGCCAUAGUCUUGCAGAAAGGGUAAGAAGAGAAAAGAUCAGUGAAAGGAUGAAAUUUCUUCAGGACCUUGUACCUGGUUGCAGCAAGGUUACAGGCAAGGCAGUGAUGCUAGAUGAAAUCAUUAACUAUGUGCAGUCACUUCAGCGGCAGGUUGAGUUUCUAUCAAUGAAACUUGCGACAGUGAACCCAAGGCUGGAUUUUAAUAUAGAAGGGCUUCUGGCAAAAGAUAUUAUCCAAUCACGAGCUGGUCCUUCCUCAGCUCUGGGGUUUUCUCCAGAUUUGUCUGUGGGUUAUCCUCCAUUACAUCCGUCUCAACCUGGACUUGUUCAAGGUACUCUUCCUGUCAUGGGGAAUAAUGCUGGUGUUAUUCAUAGAACUCUCAGCUCCCACUUCACACUGAUGAGUGGAGGAUUCAAGGAGCCUAAUCAGCUAUCAAAUGCAUGGGAGGAUGAGCUCCACAAUGUUGUCCAGAUGAACUAUGGAACCUGUGCUCCUUCUGACAGCCUCGAAGUAAAUGGGUCUCUACCAUCAGGUCAUAUGAAACCAGAACUUUGAUCCUUCUCGUAAGGGUCUAUAGCUCUAUGCUAGGCAGCUCAUUAUGGCCUUUUACUUGCUAUAUUUGUACUGCAUUCCUGAAGGUAGCCAAGGACAUGCUAAAUACUCUUGGAAAGAUUUAAGCACAAAAUAUGCUGUCACCAUUUUCCUACCCAGGUAUUGGAUAAUUGAAGAUGUUAUUGGCCUGGUUUUCUAGCUGGGAAUAUAUGCCACAUUUGAAGAAAGCUGAGGUCCUAAAGGCUCUAUGUUCCUUAACUGUAUGGUGGGGCAGUGAUUUCAUCCUCUUGUUUGAUGCAUUAGAUAUAUAGAGGGAAAUAGAACUCCUUUGAUCAUGGGAAUUAUAUUACUGUCCCAGUCAGAGGAAAGGUGGAUUAGAAUGUAUAGAUUGAUGAUGGAAAGUUCUUGUGAUAUAGGAGUUUAUGCUUUAUCUAGUAGUAUUAGAUGAUCUCUCCUGUAAUUUACAGAUGGCAGUGAGAAAAUAUUUUGUUCUGUUCAUAGAUGUAAGUUGCAUUUGUUUGUCAUGUUUUAAGGGUAUAAUGUUCUUCCACCCUCUCCAUUUUUGGCUUCUCUUUUUAUCAAGAAAGGGAAUUGUUUAAAAUUUUAUCUGCUUUCACUACCUCAGUGGGACUGUCACCCCCACCCCUUUUGUUGAUUAUUCAAACUGUUCAUCCUCACCGUGACAUCAAUGCAGGAACAAGUUAGACAUUGGAAUUUAUUAGAAGAUUGAUUUCUUUCAUAGAAAUCUGUAACACUUCAGAGCAAUCCUCUUGGAGUGCAGGGGGACAAGAAAUCAUGGAAAGUUGUCAAAUAAACAAUGGGAGUCUCUUAUCUUUUACCUGUCUCGUCUGCUUUAAAUCACAUUUAGUAUCACAUAGAAUUCUGAUCCUCCCAAGAUAUGAUAUGCAAAUCUAUUAUAUGAUUCUAUUUUAUAAUGGGUGAUAAU